UGCGGUGUAAACAACAUGGCUGCCGAAAUCAUUAAUAAUCUAUUAAUCGGCACGAAAGUGGAAUUUUUAUAGAUUUAAAAUGCAAUCAGAUAUUAAUUGAAAAAGAUAACAACAUAUAUUGUUUGGUUAAACAUAGAACAGAAACCAAAGAAUGUAGUUCUAUUAUUUAAAACAAAGUUUCUCUACCAACUGUUCGUGCCAUCAUUAAGGAACCUAUUUUCAAGAAUAUCAGAAUGGAGUGGAAUCAGGAUUCUAAGAAUGUCUGGAACAGACGCCACUCUGAGGGACAGUCCAAUAGAAUUAAUAAAAAUGUGGAGAUUUUAAAAUCAAGAGGAAGGCCAAUAAAAAUGUAUGAGACGGAGCCAUUUUUAUCAGUAGAUUUAUUACCAGUUAAUAAAAUCUGUAUUUCACCCACACCAACCUUGGCAGCAGAUAAACCUAAAAUGUCACUGGGCAUGCUUAAAUCACAAACUUUCCACAGCACCACUAGCAGCAAGUCUUUACCAGUUGAUAACAUCACAAAAUCAAAGAAUAUAUCCAAAAGGUCAUCAUUGUCGUCUGCUAGAAGUGGAAGGUCAAACCAGACUAGUGUUAGUGGUAUUGAAAGAUCCAACUCUAAUUUACAUAUAAAACAACCAUUUAAACAUUCUGUUGUUAAUACACCAAAUAAUACUCCUACUGAUGAAUUAUCGAAUCCGUCCCGUCUAAUGAAAGCUAGAACCAAACUAGCUACAAGUCAUAUGAAUAAAGUUUUAUUAAAACAGAGACAGAAAGACGAUGUUAGAACUAAAGGGAAAUUACUCAAGGGAAAAUUAAAGCCACUAUAUCCAGUAAAGAACGAUGGUCCUACCAUGGAGCACUGUCGAGGUGUUGUCUCAGAUGUUACAAGUCAUGAUCCAAGCCCGAGUCGUACGUUACAGAGGAGACGUAGAAUAGUAUCAAACUAUAAUAAUGGUACACUACACAAGUUAAUGGACCGUCCCCUAACAGUAGAAUCUAUUCACCAAACUUCUGAGGUUUCCAGUGUAGAUGGUACCAUAGACUUUAAUCAACAUAACUCUUUAAAUAGCAGUGUAGAUGAAGAUAUAGAAACACAAAUACAAACUAAUAAUGUAUUACUAGAUACAGAUGCUUCACCGACGGACAAAAGCUCAGACAUUGUGAAGUUAGCUACAGCAAAUGAUUUGAAUGUCAGAGAAAAUUCAGAUGAAGUAGAUAAUAAAAAAGAUACAGUUCUUGAGCAAAAAAUCCAAGAAAAAAAUGGUGCAGGGAGUCUUUAUAUUGAUAAUGCUAAUACUCAAUUUGGCCAUGACACAGUUGGCGAUGGUGGUGUCAACGGUGUUGAUACACGGGCAGAUGAUAUUAAUUCUGCUUUUGGUGGUGAUAACUCAACAGGACUUGUCUCAAACAGUGAUCUCAAAAUUAAAAAUGACUCGAAUUCACGUCCCAAAUCUACGCAUAUCUCAAAAUCUGAUAUUAGCCAAAAACAUGGACAUGUGUCUGCACCAGCAGUUCUUAAAAAACCAGGAUCCCCUGAGGACAAGGCUAAGAAAGCAUUAACCGAAAGUGGACACACGUCAAAGACUUUUUCAAGCCAGAAUAGUGUUGAAGCAAGUCAUCCAAAAAUAAAAUCUCAAAGGGCAUUUUCUGAUCUCAGAACAGUCUCGCCAAAACAAACCAAGAAGGCCACUCCUUCUCCUAAACGCCAUUCGAAAGAAUUAUCAUUUGAGUUCAAAACACAAAUGCAACGCAGACCUCUUAGUGCUGUUACUCAAAGAGAAAGUGUUCAAGUAGAACCCAAAAAAGAACGACCUAAAAGUGCUAGUUCUUUAAAAACGGAAAAAAGCGGGCAUCCAAAAAGUGUUCGAUUCGCUGAUGAGCUAACUCAAGAUUUUCCGAUCUCAAAUAAUUGGAUGAAUGAUGUCUCUCCCCGCCAUCAUGUGACGGUUAAUAUUUAUUAUCGUGAACCAGAAGUGGCACCAGUCAGCGAACCCACCUCAGCCAAUAAACGCAGUGUGUUUGAAACGGAGGACAGGGAAGAUGAUGACGAUGAUGAUGAUGAAGAUGAGGAGGUAAAACUCCAGUCCAAAUCCUCCUGUAAACCGAAUGAUGAGUCUAAAAAUCCUGAGAGUGAAGAUGAUGCAGAUGGAAAGGAGGACAAGGAAAAUUGGAAACCGAAACAGUCUGAAAAAUUAUCAUCAACGAAUUCCAAAAGUUCACCUGAAGCCUUCACUCAAGGAGAGUCUUCUUCUGUUCAAGAAAGUGAUAUCAAACCACAGAAUGAUCCUGAAGCUUCUUCAAAUGGACAGAAAGAGCUCAAAGAUGUAGAAUUUUCCAGAGAUGAAAAGAAAGGCCAAAACAAAUCUGAAACUUGCUCAGUUGACGACUCAAAAGAUUCUAAAACUUCCCAAAUUGUCAAACAGAAAGGUUCAACUGAAGAUUCAAGGGAUGUUCUUCCCACAGACCUGGAUACCUCUUUCACCAAUGCCAGUGCCAGUGAUGUGGACAGCUUGCAGUAUGAUGGUGACGUAUCCACAAUUUCAUUGGAGUCCGAAAAUACAGAAAUCUCUCAAAAUUCAGACAGAUCAAAAUCGAGUUUAGGUUUCUUGCAAGAAAUAAUGGAAACUCCUCCAGAAAAUUUUGAUUCCAAAGUUCUAGAUGUGGUCAUGAAUGCCAACUCUCCUCAAGUGUCUGAGGAUGACCCUUUUUACCUCUCCAUUGAAGAGGCGGAAUUCAUUGAAGAGAUCUGCGACCUUACCAAUAUGGAUUCGCCUGUAUAUAUGGUUGAUCCAGAAUUUAACAAGAACAUGCCCAAAGUAAAACGUAACUCGGGUAGAAAAAUUUAUGAUAGAUUUCAACAUAAACAUGUUCGAAUGUCAAGAAGACCACAGUCAGCUGGUAACCUACGGCGACCACCAACACGCCAGCUUCCAGUUCGGCCUUCAUCAGCAGGACCUGAUUAUCGUAAGAAAUUAUUCGGAGUUUAUUGUGCCAUGUGUAAACAUCAACAAAAAUUCUGCCGCUGUAAAUUACAGAAACACAGCAUUUUUUUUGAAAACCUGUACAGAGCAUCAUCAGAGAGUUCUAUACCAUCAUCCAUUCCAUCCAUAGAACUCCUUCCAGAGAAAUCCAUUCUGAAAACUCCGUCCUCGGAAACGGACAAGAAAGAUUCACAAGAUGAUGAGGAAAGUUUGGAUUUGGACAGAAUUUCCAUCCAUGAAGGUGAAGAAUCAAAUUCGGAAGAUUUAGAUUCGUUUAUUGGAGGAGAAUCUUUUGAAGCUUUAGAGGAACAGUUACAAAAUAUCAAGAAAGAAUUACAACGUGAAAUCGGCAUCGAAGAAGACAAAAUUAAAAAAGUAGAAUUUUUGGACGAUAUUGAAGAAUUUUCCGACACUGGAUUCUCGGAAACUGACCCUGAUGAACAAUUUGUGCCAGAUUACGAAAUAAUGCUGGAUUUUUAUCGUCAAAAAUGUUUGGAUCAAGGAAACGUCUGCCUACAACUCAGUAAACAUAUCAUGUCUAAGAAUAAACAAGUGCUAUUAACAGAUGUAGUUACCUCCCCUAUCCAAUGUUUGAACGGUAUCUACAAUUCUAAAUCAUCUCUACACAAAUCUCUGAAAUACUCUACGCAGAUAACAGAGCCUGUUCUGAAACAAGAAUUAAAUAAUCUGGCUUCUGGCUGCUUUCUACAAUAUGUUUGUGAUUUCUUACCUGAAGUUGGCAAAGAAGCGAAAAGUGCUGAAGACAAAGGAUGUAGAUCUAGAAGAGAGAGUGAUAGUAGUAGUGGUAUUGGACUAGAAAUUGUGGCCACAAGGAAGGAAAUAUUCUCACCUACUGGACAAAGUUUAGAUGAAGAUAAAGCUGUCCCAUUUGCUCCAUUAUGUUUUACAAUCAACGCUAGACCACCAGCAGGAUAUUUAUACUAUUUUGCUUAUGGUACAGAUUUAAACCAUGAAAGAUUAGGAAUGUAUAUCCGUAGAAAGAUAGAGAUUAAACGAUGGGGAGUUUUAUUUGGAUUCAACAUGCUCUUCAAUAAAAAAGGAGUAGAUGAGGAAGAUGGUAUAGGAUUCCCUAAUAUAGAGUUUAACCCUUUCUCCUCCGUGGAAGGGUGUGUUUAUGAACUGAGUAAUAGUGAACUACAUUUAUUAGAUAGCUGCGUUGGUUUUCCCGAGCAUUAUGAACAUAUAGUGGUACCGGUAUGGAUGACUGGAGGUUCAAGUCUAAUAGAAGAAGAUAAAGGUGAUGAAAGACUGGAUGAUUGUGUGGCUCAGUAUUGUGUUCCUGCAUUGACUUAUAUAGCACAUGAUCAGUGGGUCGAUAGUGAGAAGAUGUUACCGUGUGAUUUCUCUUUAUCUCAGUGUUUGAAAGGAAGUGAUGUACUGUCUCCUUCCUACAUACAAUAUCUUAACAGAAUAGCUGAAUCUACACAGAUUUAA